UCAUCCUUUUGCUGCUCGAGUUCUGUAGCCUUAGAUGUCUACCUACCUAACUGUACCCUCCCAGUACCUUAGGCUAAACCAAAACUGUAAGUAAUCUAAGGAAGGAGGAAAAAACCCUGUAAAUGGCAAUCCCCAGUGCACUCUGAAAUCUCUGUCUCUUUCCUGACCACGUGCAUUGCCAGUCUGGCCAGGGAGUGCCACUGCUCGUUCCUAGUCCACGUGCCUUGAUUUCCUGUCCCCAAAACCUGAGCGAAGUGAGGCCACAGGAGAGCAGAAAAGCCUAUUUGCUACAGUAAGCUGUCCACAUCUCGAUGGAUGGUUUUAGAUGUUGCCUAGCUGUCUACUUCCCCAAUUAUAUAUGCCUUCAGUCCUCAGACAGCUGCUGGGCACCUGUGUCUAAUUGCAUUUUCUUCUCUAUAGGUACCUGUCUUUCAUUUUCAUCAUAUACUACAGAUCUAAUCCAGUCCAUGAUACUUCAAAAGGAUUUCUCACUGAAGCAUUUUGAAAUGCCUUACAAAACUAGAUAAUGCUACGUGCAGUUCCAGUUGCAUUAUGGCAGAAAGACAUGGCAGAAAUAGAAGACAUUCAGAGGCCAAUGGAAAUUACUAGAGCCAGAGGGGCUACCAAGCAAAAAGUCCUUCGCACUCUGCUUCAUGGUGACAUCCUUCAUUCUGUGAAGAUUAGCAAGGCUGUCCAUAUGAAGAGGCGAGACCGUCAAAAACCUCUCUACUCUGGCUACAGGACCUGUCGGCACUUUUUGGUAUUUUGACUGUUAGUGCCUCUUCUAUUCUUCCUUGAUGAUGAAGGAGCAAUGAAGCGUUUCUCAUUUGGAAGGGGAGAAUCAGUGGAAUUACUACCAAAUUACUUGUAAUAGCAUAGUUCCUAUUUUGACAAUAUUGCUCAUUCUUGCUGUGCUGCCUAGAGUAAACCCAGAAACUCCUGUCUUGGCAUCUUGAGCCAAGUUGACUCUGCACUGGCGGGAAGCAGGUGUGCCUGAGCUAUCUGGGAUAACAGUGUGUACCUAGAUCAAAGAGUGAAUUCUACCUUUUUCAUGGAGAUGCACUGAGAUUUGAGCACUUCUUGUCCCCUGGAAAGAGGCAUGGAAAAAUAAGAGGAAGUUCUGAACAGCUCCUAUUUCAACUCAGAAUUUAAAGAGUGUGCUUUAAGUGGGAGAAAAGCUGAAAAUUGACUGGCACCUAUCAGCAAACUGGAGAUGAGGAAACUUUCCGAAGUAUUUGCCUUCUAAACUGCUGUUAUUGUCUGUGGUCUUCUUGGAACCAGAUUUCUGUUUGUUGACUGCAUAGGCAUUUUGUUGGAAGGUUUUUACUGAAAAUAUGAGAAAUAACAUUUGAAUUGCUUUUGGAUUUCUUAUAGGAUUUUGUCUCAUUUUUAAAGCCUCUAAGAUGGAUGUGUAUUUCAUUCCUUCUCAUUUUUUGUUUUUCUUCUAAAUAUCUUCUUUGUAUCUGGCACAAAGCAGAAUGCGAAAUAAUUAAGCAAGUAAUUUGUGAGUCUCUGACUACAAAAUAACACUCCCCCAACAUUCUUAGUAAUUCCGUUUUUAACUAAAGCUUUGACCUGUAGUACAGACAACAACAAAUUGUUUUAGACUUGUCAGAGUUCUCAGUUUGCAUUAUAACUUAAAAAAGUAUCCCUAUCUACUGAGAUUUUUCUAUACUUCACAAUGAUCCUAUUCUCAUUUAAUUCACAAUGACACCUUAGUUCUUAAAUUGCUUACAGAUUAUUCCCCCCCGCCCCCCAACGCUAGCUAAACUAUUUCUUAACAGUACAAAAGGAGCUGAAAAUUCCCAGUCAAAACUUUCCAGUGCUAGAUUAUCUAUAUGAAAUAAAUACAUUUAAGUAUUUUGUUCUCCUUUGACAUUUGACACCAGACUGCUGCCUUCCUACUGGGCUACUUUCCGAGGCUCACAAACAACUCUGCGUUAUACAGAGGCGACAGCUUAAUUUUCUAAACAAUUUUUCAUGCCAUGCCACCCACACAAAAGAGUCUGGGGCUUUCCUCGCCUCUUCAGUCUUUAUAUGCUUCCUUUUUAUUCCCACGUCUCCAGUCAGUGUGGCAGUGUGUGGCCUGGAGGCUUGGCUUCUGACUCUGGAUUUGUUUGAUGCCAUAAGCUGAUAUACAAAUGCCUGGAAGGAUUGUCAAGGGGCAAGCUAAUGGCAGGUUGCCCUCUAUGGACAGCGAGCAGCCAGCCCAGGAGGGAAAAGUUGUGCUGAAGAAGAAAGUGACACUUUUGAGGGGGAUAUCCAUCAUAAUUGGCACUAUCAUUGGAGCUGGCAUCUUCAUCUCUCCCAAAGGCAUCCUGAAGAACACAGGCAGCGUGGGCAUGUCCUUGACUGUCUGGACAGCUUGUGGUAUCCUCUCCCUCUUCGGUGCCCUCUGCUAUGCUGAACUAGGAACCUGCAUUAAGAAAUCUGGUGGCCACUACACCUAUAUCCUGGAGGCCUUUGGCCCGUUACCUGCUUUUGUGAGAGUCUGGGUUGAAUUACUCAUCAUUCGCCCUGCUGCCACAGCAGUGAUAUCGUUGGCAUUUGGACGUUACAUUUUGGAACCUUUCUUUAUGCAAUGUGAAAUCCCAGAACUUGCAAUUAAACUUAUUACAGCUGUUGGCAUCACACUGGUGAUGGUCCUGAAUAGCACGAGUGUCAGCUGGAGUGCCCGCAUUCAGAUUUUCCUUACCUUUUGCAAGCUUGUAGCGAUUCUGAUAAUUAUAGUCCCUGGAGUUAUCCAGCUAAUUAAAGGAGAAACGCAGCACUUUAAAAAUGCCUUUGCUGGGAAUGAUGCCAGUGUUAUGGGAUUACCACUUGCUUUCUAUUCAGGAAUGUAUGCCUAUUCAGGCUGGUUUUACCUCAAUUUUGUAACUGAAGAAGUGGAAAACCCUGAAAAAAACAUACCCCUCGCAAUAUGCAUUUCAAUGAUUAUCGUCACAGUUGGCUAUGUGUUAACAAACGUGGCUUAUUUCACUACAAUCAGUGCUGGGGAAUUGCUGCUUUCAAAAGCUGUAGCAGUGACCUUUGCCGAACGACUAAUGGGAAACUUUUCUUUAGCUGUACCAGUAUUUGUUGCUCUCUCCUGCUUUGGCUCUAUGAAUGGCGGCAUUUUUGCAGUCUCCAGGAUGUUCUUCGUUGCAUCCCGCGAGGGUCACCUUCCGGAAAUUCUCUCCAUGAUUCAUGUCCGCAAGCACACUCCUCUGCCAGCUGUCAUUGUUUUGCAUCCUCUCACAAUGAUAAUGUUAUUCAACGGGGAUCUCUACAGCCUCCUGAAUUUCCUCAGUUUUGCCAGGUGGCUUUUUAUUGGACUAGUAGUUGCUGGGUUGAUUUAUCUCAGAUAUAAACGUCCUGAUAUGCCUCGUCCGUUCAAGGUGCCUCUCUUUAUUCCAGCGCUGUUUUCCUUCACCUGCCUCUUCAUGGUUGCACUGUCACUUUACUCUGAUCCAGUGAAUACUGGGAUCGGGUUUGUAAUAACCCUGACGGGAGUUCCUGCCUACUACCUCUUUAUUGUAUGGGACAAGAAGCCAAAAUGGUUCAGAAAACUUCUAGACAGGGUAACUGUAACGCUGCAAAUCCUCUUGGAAGUUGUCCCAUCAGAGGAAGACCAGAAAUCAUGAUCUUCAUAUACGGCUUUUGGGCUUUUGGCUUGGUGUUUCAUUUCAACCUGAGGAAGAGGGAAGGGAGAUCUGUCCCCCUACCCAACGUUCUGCAAACUGGAGGAGCAAGUUACAGAUGAGAUGGAUACCGAGCGAGUUGGUUACCAGAACUGUAUUUUAGAAUGUUGCAACAUUUUUUUAAUGUGGUUGGUUUAUAUGUAGAAAGCAAGAACUUAUCCGAUGAGAGUGCUCAUCUCUUUCUUUUAUUACAGUGUCAUAUUUUAACAAACCGUAGGUUCGUCAAACUAGGAUUUUGGUUGCAUUGUCACUGAAAAUAGGCUUAAGCAAUGUGUAAGUAAUAGUCAGGUAUAUGGUGACGAAUGUAUCCUGUUUGUUGUCUCUGAAGAACCCAACUCUCACCAAAGGGUGAGAUAAAGCUGCUGAGUUUCACUUACUAAUGUUCAUCCCGUCACGCCGUCUGGCAGCCUGAUUCGACUUCUUUGGGCUUGCUGGGAGCACCAGCACACUGACUGAUGCAGAAGCACAGCGGUUUCUACACCUUUGUGGUGGCAUUUUCAAGGUUUCUUCAUUCCAGAGUUGUUAUACUCUAGCCAAUAGGACCAUCUUCCCAGAAUUAAUCAUUCUGCCAGUGGGGCAGGAAGAUUUUAGCCUGGAGACAGUAAUUUCAUACAUGUUAAAGUUUCUACCAGUCUGGAAAUGAUCACUGUUUUUACCAGUGUCUCUGUGUACAUAUGUAUUGACAAUACAGCAGAUGAGUAAUCGUAUGAGUCAAAACAUUUGAAUGCAGCCUACGUUGCUGUAUGAGUAUUUUCUAUCUGGAAGCAUAUGGACCUGCAGUUUUCAGUCAGCCAAACUUGAUUUUAAAGUUUUAAAUUAUUGUUGGUGAAAUAAAUAGUUGGAGAAAUAAAGAAUAGUCACUGGUGGGAAUACUGUAUAUGUAUGACAUGGCAAUAAGAGCAAUGCUUUUUUGUAAGGUGUAAGGCAAGCUACAACAGAUUUGCUGAUUUGAGUAGGAUAUGCACCUAAUCUGUGGGCUUUUCAUUCAAGCACACUCAUCAAUUGACUGUGCUUUGAAACACCAAGGAACCGGUGCUAUGCCAGUGUUGUCUUCCCAGUUUUAUCUCGGCAGAAACAGGGAAAGGCCAGCAAAACUGAUAAAAUUGAAUGAAAUGCAUCUUGAGAAUGACGUUUGAGCUGAGAUUUGGCUCCAAUGUGAGCUGAAGUUUUGCCCUUUUUUUGAAAGAUAGUUGUAGAUAAAGAAAUUUUUUAAUCCUUAGAAAUUCAGUUUUAUAUUGUUAGUUGAAGACUACUCAACCUUAAGAUUAAGGUUUGUUAUCACUAUGAUAAGAAUAUAAUGCUUAAAUAUUGAAUGCACUACUUUUUAGCUGUUUGCUAUCAGCAAGUCAUAUGUUUCAUGAAAACUUUUAUGGAACUAAGUAACAUUAAGCUUCCUAAAUUGGGAGAAAAGCACAACUAGUAGCCAGACCACUACAGUAAAGGGAGACUGUGUAUUGUAUAUGUUAUUGUAUAUAUCCAGAACAACUACUGUUUUAAGGGUGUACAGUAAAAUGUCUUGAAUUUGUACAUGUUUUUCUUUCUUGUAUUUCUAUGGUGGAAUUUCAUAGAAGUAGGGAAAUGGGAGUAAAUGAUUAUGUAGAAGAGUAGUAAUUUAAGAUACAGAAAACACUUUGGAAACGCUUUUUUUUCUUUAAAUGUUUUCUCUUUACAGUAACUUAAAGUGUUAUUCAAAACUUUUUUAGGCAAAUGUUUUGAGAGAGAUUUUUGUGUUGGCAGUGCACGUGUUUAAUUAGUAUUGACAUUUGGGUCAGGAUCCUGCUUUUGAAGCCAUCUGCUGCCAUCCUAGUUCUCCGGGGUUUGGUCUGUGUCAUCAUGGAGCAUCUUCAGGGCACGCAAACUGCAUUUCUGUCUGAUAAAAAUAAACUGCCUGAUGCCCUCCAGCAGCACACCUAACGGACUCGUCUGCUAAUGGUUGCUGAGUGCAUGGGAUCCCACGAGCGCUAACCCAAAGCAAAACCACCUGAACAUCGAUAGUGUGGAUGCCAGGUUUUCGGUGUCAUUUCUUCCACGUAUUCACUCCUAUUGUGCCACAUGACUUGAAAGCUUAAAUGUAGGCCAGCGUUAACCUGUAGAAAUAAAUGGGCUCUGUAAAUAUGA